GCACAGAUAAAAUGGCUUCCUGUCCCAGGGUUUCCUGUAUCCAUGGCAACCUGACUUUAGGCACUUCUUUCUUAGUUUCCUGAGCAAACUGCUGUAAACCCUGGGGCAAAAAUGUGAGUGCUGUAGUACGCAGCAAUACUGCCUUUCCAAAGGUUUCACAGAUAAGUGUAGUCAGUCAGCUUAUAACUUAGUCCAGUGGACUGCCAACAGCAAAAUAACGGAAACAAUGAACUUCAGAUUUGGGUGAAGUCAGAGAUGAGUAAGAAGGCCAAAGACAGGGAUAUGUGUGUUCUGCAAAGUUCUCCACCCUGCCCAGGAGCAUUCCUGUAUAUAUUUAAUUGUUUUCUUUUGUUGCUGCUUCAGAAGGAGGCUUUUGGCUGUCCAUCUGCUUGUCAGCUCUGCACAGGGAGACAAGUUAGCUGUCGUAAUGCAGGGCUUUCAAGCAUCCCUUGGAACCUUCCAGAAACAACAAUUCUUGUUUAUCUCAGUGGAAAUAAUAUAUCACAUGUCACUCCAAAUGGACUAAGAGGCCUUCAGAAGCUUGCUGCACUCUACAUGGAUAACUCCAGUAUUUUGUAUGUACACCCAAAAGCUUUUAUGGAAGUCCCCAAACUGUGCUACUUGCAUCUAAAUAACAAUAAUAUUAAACACCUGGAUCCAGGAAUCUUUGAAGGCCUUUCCAAUCUUCAUUGUUUAUACCUUCAGAAUAAUCAAAUAGCUUUUCUUCCCAGAGGAUUAUUUAGUGAUCUCCUUUCUGUUAGGUAUUUAACACUUCAAAGAAAUCGUCUCAGUGUCCUUGGAAGUGGGACUUUCUUGGGAAUGAUAAGACUCCAAACACUAAACCUAGCCAAUAAUAAGAUUUCAUGGAUAUCAGAUUCAGCAUUUCAUCAUCUUGAAAAUCUUGCAUAUUUGUUUCUUGAAGGUAACAACUUAACACUUGUGCCAUCAAAUGCUAUUGGAAGGCUCAAAAAUCUUGAAAGACUUUCUUUGUCUCACAAUCCCAUUGGAUCAAUUCAGCCUUUUGCAUUUAAGGGACUUAACAAGCUUAGAUAUCUGUCUUUGAAAAAUGUCAAGCUAAAAUGUAUUGCUGUAAAUGGAUUUUUUGGAUUAAACAACCUUAGCCAGCUAAUCUUAAGUUAUAAUGAUUUAGAAAAUAUAAAUUCCAGCACUUUUACUUUAUUGAACAAUUUAAUGUAUCUACAGCUAGACAGAAAUAAAAUAGCCACUAUUAGCAAUGGUACCUUUAAAAAAAUGGGGCAGUCACUUAAAGUACUCAGUUUAGCAUUUAAUAAUAUCACAGAGUUACAACCUGAAGUGCUCAAGCCCUUAGUAUCUUUAACUCAUCUACAGGUAAGUUCUAAUCCUUGGAACUGCAGCUGCAGAAUGCUUGGGUUACUUAAUUGGCUAGCAUCAUCUCUUGUUUCUGCAAAAAUCCACUGUCAGAAUCCCCAGAGUAUGCGUGGGAGACCUUUGCAUUAUAUGAAGUGGGCUCGGUUUUCAAACUGCAUUGGCCCCACAGCCGGCUUGGGCUCUACCCCGAGUCUGGGAUCCUUCGGGGUGCGUCACAGCACUACCGCUGUGAUGAUGGCCUGGCAUAAAGGCAACAGGCACAACACACUGGAACAGUUUGUCAGUGCAGAAACUAAAUAUGUUACUUUCUGGGAAAGAGCUACAUCUACAUCUUCUACCCCAUUGCCCUAUGAGGAAUAUGCUGUUGAAAUUCCAUCACAGGCAACUACAGUAUUAUCAACAUUACCAGUGCAAAUACCAGCAGAAAUUAUACCUUCUAAUAGAACUGUAGAAGGAGAACAGUUAUUUACAACAGAUGCUGCUCCUGUAUCAUUAAAAACAACCCUGAUUUGUACACAACAGGUUGAAAAGCUGAAUCAAGCUUUUGACAUUUUACUAGCCUUUUUCAUUCUGGCUUGUGCUGUUAUCCUGUUCUUAACCUGUAAAAUUAUUCAGUUUAGGCAGAAACUAAAGGUGCUGGAAAACUCAGGGGAAAAGAGUAUAGAAUAUUAUGGCUUUUAUCAGCCUGGCAGAUACAACAUAACUGACUCAGUGCAGUCCCUAACUCAGAAAUCAGUGGGACAUUCAGAACUGGAUCAAAUAAGGCUGCUCAAGCGAACAGCAUCAGAAAGUCAGGCACAGGUCAUCUUGUUUGAACAUUCAUCAUUGUAAUUUAACUCAUUUGAUUUGGUGUUAACUGUCAUAUGAAAGGUCAAGAAAUCAAGAACUCAGUUUUGUAAAAAUACUUCCACUGAUUAAAAUCAACUGCUUGAUAGAACUGUGGAAAAUGGCACAAUUGGGUUCUGCAUCAUCAUUUGCUUCCUGAAUGUUUUCAACUUUAUGGAUUAUUUCAUUAUAUGUCAUUUAAAUCUGACAUGGAUAAGUUUAUUAACCUCAGUCCCUAUUUGUAGGAAUCUUUCACCUAUGGCUCAAGUAUACAUGCAGUAUAAAGUACCCUGUAAUUUAUUUUGCUUAAUAAUGAUGUAAAUUCCUAUAGAAAUUCCAUAGCUGUUGUGAAGCAAGCAAGACAUCAGUUCUUAGUAGGAUCACAAAGCCAAGAAAUCUUGGAGAAUGAGAAAACAGUGCUUCAUGUGUUUAUUGUAAUAGAGUUUGUACUCUUCCUCUAUUAAAUAAAGCGCAGUAGAAAAAAGUACAUUUACAGCUAGCAUGUUCAAACUCUUGAGUAAGAGAAAAAUUUAAAACUAUACAAAUUCUAUUAAUACCUAUAGCAUAUUUUAAUAUACCAAGUUGUGUGUUCAGUCUGUGUAAUGAAUAUAUUAAAUAUAAAUUUAUAUAAAUAUAAAUAAGUAUAAAAAUAUAUAAAUAAAAAUAUUUUUUAUUAGUGUGUAUCUGUAUCAUUUUAUGAAAUACCCCAAACUGGAGUUAAGAAAAACUAAAUUUCUGUUGAAAUUUACCAAAGUUUAAUGACCAAAUUUAUUAUGUCUAAGACAUAAUUACCUUAGACACUGGUUAAUUAUUGUCAAUAAAAGAUACUUUGGCAUCUACAUAGUAAUAUUUUGAGGGACGUUUUAGCUAGAUAAGAGGUACAAAUUGAAGAAAUACACUACACUGUAAAUACAUAAUGCUAAAUUAAUGGCUGAAAACAUUUACGUAUUUGGUUUAUAUUUGGAAGUGUUAGGUCAAGGUAUGUGUUCUUAGUGAAGGCUUCAUCUUCAAAUACAGAUAUUUUCUUAUAUAGUUUGCAUUUAACUUUUUACUUCUGUUUCAAAUAUUGGUGUUCCGUUAUUAUCAGGUUAUGUCUAGUAUGUUGUAGCUUUAUUUUCAACCCGAAUUUCUGCGAUUUUUUUUUUCCUGGUUGUUACUUCAGUAAUUCAAACUUUAUUCAGGAAUUAAAAGUCAUAAAACUAUGUUCCAAAUAGUCCAAUACUGUAAAAUUUUCAACUAAUGGGACUUAGUUUUGUAGAUACUGUUUAUCUUCUCCAGGUGUGUGCCCUAAGAUUUCAGCUGUGUUGCUUAUAAGUUACACCGUUUACAGUUAGACCAUUUUCUUCAAGAAAAAAUGGGGAACAAUGCUUUGACAGACUUUCCUCCAUGGUGUUGAUUUAAGUUGUGUAGAAGAAUGGUGCUGUUCCAGGCUUCAGCCUGGACCCUGUGGUGUUCUCCAGCUGAGCCAGAACUGCCCUCAGCAUUCUUAGUCUAUCCCUUCUCUUUCCUGCUCGUGUAACUCGUGCGUAUCCAGGCUGUGCAGCUCCCAGUCAUCCUGUUUGUCCAUCUGCAGUUCUUUUCCAGAAGGGAAAAUUUAUUAUCUGCUACCAGGACAUGCAUAAAUCUUGACUGCUCUGAAUGGGUGUGAAUGUGCAAGUGUGCCUUCACUGUUGUUUGUUAGUAAUGUAAUGAAAUAAUACUGUAUUUAACUGUAAUUUACUGUAUAAUAGGUCAAAUACUUCUAGGGAACACUUUGGACAAAAGCUUAAACUGUUUUGUACUACCUGAGUAGAAACUAUUUUUUAAAAUAAUUUUCUAACUUAAGAUCAGAUGUUAAAUAUAAUGGGCAAAUGCUUUUAAGAAGGGAAAACACUGGAUGUAAUUUAUGCACUUUUUUCCAGAGGCUAAUCCACUGCAGUCUCUUCCUCUUUAACCCAUUUUUGUUACUUUAUGUCUGUCCUACAUAAUUCCUUGUGAUAAAUGUUAAUUUUGUUUUCAUUUAGUAACAGCUGCACAAUCAAUGGUUGCACAGUAGUAGGUUCAGCAAUUUUAUGUGCUAUAUUUCUAAAUUUUUAAUUUUACAUGGGCACCUUCAGAAAUAAUGGACUUCAAAUGCAAUAGAAACUAGUUAAGUUUUUCUUGCUAAAAAUGCUGCUAUGCCUUUCUUACAGAGGAGUUUUGGGUAUGCACAAAGGUUGAAACUGAAUAAACUUAAAGAAAUGUGGCAGGGAGCAGCUGUUAUUUUAGGCUCUGGUUUCCUACAGAAAGGCAUGAGAGGUUCUCUCAGAAGGUGCAUCUUUUUCACUGACAAGCUGUUGUGGGAGUUGUUUGCCAAGUAUGAGUCUCACCAUCUGUAGAUGGAGCAUGAAAGGAAACUGGUGUUGUAGCUGUUUGUGGAAGCUGAGUUGGAGCAGUUGAAAGCCGUCCUUUGGAGACAUUCUCUAAUAUCCAGCUUGCCAACACAAGGAUCAGACUAAAAAGGAACUGAGAGAUUUAUUAUGCAGUUGUGAGGGAAAUGCCUUUUUUUUUAGCAGUCAGUAUCUUUUGUAUUUAAAUGUUCACUCCAGGAAACUGACCCUUUCAUGUAUAUGUGUGGUUCAUAUGUCUAUUAAAAUCAUUAGGGAAUACGUUAGAAGACUUAGUUGAGUCUGCCCUCAUGAAGCAAAGUGGUGCUUCAUGAAGAUCAGGUUUAUGGUCAGUCAUAGGACUCCCCUUGAAAGAUUGUCUUAGCUGCUGCUUUACUGCUAUAGGAGUUCCUUAGUACUGUGCAGCUCCUAAGGGGUGUUGGUGUAAUAAUCAUUUACGUCACUUACAGUAUGUGCAAAGUAAUCUCUAUUUGUCCCACUCCACCUCUUUCCUUGGCUGAGAUAAGAAUAAAGAAUUAGUUAAGCUUUCUCAAUAUGUACACUAGUAAAGAUAUGAAAUGAAACUCUUCUUGGUGUUUAUUGCUUCAUCCUGGUGAAUGUAGAAAAGCAGAAAACAUUUUCUUUUAAUCUCCAAAAAAGUAUUUUUUCUCCCUCUCUGAGGGAUGUGCAAAGCAGAUAGGGGGUCCAUUUUAUUUAGGCACCACUAAAAAUUUGUCAAGACAUGUUUUAACAUGGUGAUAGAGCUUUAUCUACAGUAGUUAGCUAUAUAAUUGAAGUAAAAUUUUGAAUUUUCACAUAAAACCUCAGGAUAAUAAAAAAGUUGUAUAUGUAGCUGAGUGCAUUAGAAAUUAUAGACAGAAUGAAAAAAAAAUCCUGCCUUUUUUUUCAGAACAGAUGUGGUCUGUGUUGUCCUAUGCAAAGCUUUUAUUCUUUUAUCUAAAAAGUAUGCAAAGUUUGAAAUAGAAGGUUUGAGUUUAUUCAUAUGGAAGCUGCACUGAAUGCUAAAUUUUGUUUUUGUUACUGGUAAGGUGAAUUUUAUUAACAGGCAGCAUAAAAUAUCCUUUCUGUAAUAAAAAGAAAAUAUAGUCAUUGUAUCUUUGAAACUGGGUUAUGGAGCGUUUUAGGUCCUAAUUGUGGGUCUUUUAUUUUUGCUGCAUACCAAAUGAGGCUUUGUCCCAAUAAUUUAGGAAAACUGCAUAGUUAUAAAACCAGUUAUAGCCUGAUGCUUUUGUUUGUUUCACUGCUAAUCUGGAUUAUAUGCAAUUCAAGGGGGGAACUGCUUAAAUGCUGACUUCCUCCAGGUUUAAGAUUUUAGUAUGAAACAUAUUAACUGUUUGAAAAUUCAUCUGAAUACAGCGUUUGUCUUCUUUGAAUCUGCUCAUAUGACUUCUUAAUUAUUUCUUGAAAUAAGCAGGCUAAUUUUAGUCUCUUUGAAAAGGUAUUACAUUGAGUGGCAUGACUUGCUUUCUCAUCUAUGAAAAUAAGACCUGAUGUAUUUUAUAUUGCCACUGAACUUUAAUUGAGAUUUCAUUUUUUAAAGCAUGAGUCUAUGGUAUCUUUAUUUUUCACAUGCAUGUGUCUUCUUUUCUAGAAAUAGUUGCACUGUUUAAUAGCUCCAUGCUUGGUAAAUAUUUCAGUGGGUUUUUGGUAGAAAGAAACUGUAUGUCCCAUUUAAAGGGGUGACACUGACCAUGCCAUAAUUAUGCCUCUCCUGAUGGGAGAGAUCUUUUAAAGUCCUUGCCAGGGGUUUGAGAAACAAACGGGACUCUCAGCCUUCGCUACUUCUUGAUAGUUGUUUAUUAAAUCUUACCAGAGAAACAGUCUCUAGCAUGAUCCAGACAUAGCACAAAGCAGAGAAUGCAGGAGAAAAGCCGAAUUAUCAAGAUUAAACGGCCUUUUUAAAGGUAAAUCAACCAAUGGUUACUAAAAACGUACAUUAUUUUUACUUCUCUACCA